UAUUUAACUUUAACCGUUAUCGUAAAACCAGCUCCGGCGUUUCUCAGAGCCAUUUUCUUUUAUCUUUACAGUGGACUUUGUACUUUGUCGUGUCCCGUCUGCGUGAUAGUAAUUUAUUGUUAGAAUACUGCUGUUUUUUUUCUAAGAUGAGUAACGAACAUGAAAGUGAGCCUGAACAGUUUCGUAAACUCUUCAUUGGUGGGCUGAAUUAUAAAACUUCUGAGGAGACCUUGAAAUCUUAUUUCGAACAAUGGGGUGAAAUUGUAGAUUGUGUUGUCAUGAGGGAUCCUCACACCAAGCGAUCAAGAGGUUUUGGAUUUGUAACCUUCAAACGAGCCCACAUGGUAGAUGAUGCUCAAGCUGCUCGUCCUCAUAAGAUUGAUGGCCGAGAAGUUGAACCUAAAAGAGCAGUACCCAGAGAAGAUUCUGGAAAGCCUGAAGCUCAAAUAACAGUUAAAAAGUUAUUUGUUGGUACUUUAAAGGAUGAUGUUGAAGAGGAAGAUUUAAGAGAUUAUUUCAAUCAAUAUGGCAAUAUUGUUAGUGUUAGUAUUGUGGCUGACAAAACAACUGGCAAACGAAGGGGUUUUGGAUUUGUUGAAUUUGACGAUUAUGAUCCAGUAGACAAAGCUGUUUUACGAAAACAUGUAAUUAAAGGAAAACGAUCAGAAGUAAAGAAAGCCCUCUCAAGACAGGAAAUGGAUAACAUCAAGAGGAAAAAGGAAAUGAGUUCUUAUGGUGGAAGAGGUGGCAGUGGUGGAGGUGGAUAUGGUGGUGGUUAUGGAGGCAGUGGCGGAGAUAGUUAUGGCUAUAGUGGACCUAGUGCUUGGGGAAAUGGAGGUGGUUACGACAAUGGCUAUGGUGGUUCCAGUUAUGGCCCUGGUGGUGGAGGAGGCUGGGGCAGUGAUUAUGGCUCUGGUGGAAGUUAUGGCGGUGGUCCAAUGAGAGGAAGUGGUGGCUACUCUCAAAGAAGUCAAGGUCCUUAUGGAGGAGGUGGAAGAAGUGGUGGUGGUGGAUAUGGUGGUGGCUACAGACGAUAAGUUUAUUCAUUGUCUUAGGGAAUGUUUUAAACUGUCAUAGCCAGCUCCCCACAGUAUAGGCCAAAACGCUGUAGGUGAUAGCAGUUAGAAGGAGGUUAGUGAGAGGAACGAAGUUUGCUAGGCAGGCACCAAGUUAAGGAAACUGCUAGGUCAGCUUAGUUCUUCAAUGCCAGAGAGAGGAGAUUUAACUACAGCUGCGGUUUUAUACUGUCUUCAUUUUACAUUCCGAUAUAAGUAGUUCAGGCGAUAGUUUUUAAUUCCCUAAGACUGAACUGAAUUUUUGUAGCUUUUCAGAUGAUCAACCUAAAAAAUUAUUUUAGCUUUCAUUGUAAGACGUGCAAACCGUGAUGUGAAUUAUUUGUCACCCAUUUUUUUUUUGCAAUUCGAUGUCACCUGGAGAUCCAUUUAUUCAAAUAAAUGUAACUCACAUAUAGAUGUCUAGAAAUUUUCACUUAUUUUUUUCAUAUUAUACGUCAUUUCUAAGUGUUUUACUUACAUUAGCAUUUCUUUCCCUUACACUUUGAUUAAUAAAGAAUUAUGUUAAGUUUUUA